ACGAGGGCCGCAGCAGAGGGGUCGCUAUCGCGCGUGGCGAAGCGCUAUUAUCUGGCGUUUGGAACCCAAAUUUCAAGGCUAAAAGUGCAUUGGUUGACUGACGCUCCGCUCCUUUUUCUGGUCCUUGAUCUUCUCGUUCCCCUCCCCUCCCUUCCCUUUCGGUUUUCCCCGUCCCCACUAGGAAGGCGACGCUAGUAAACUCAAGGCAGAUCCAGAACCAUCUAGAGUUGGCGUCGUGCCCCCAUCUCCCCAAAUUUAGAACAGAUCGGAACCGGGCGCGGCGAGCCACAGGGACCGUCAGAGCUGGAGCGUCGCGCCGUCAUGGUCUCAGGGGACCGUGGGAGGCGGGGUUGGUGCGGGGCUGACUCGUGCGAGAGUCCUCGGGGACCCGGUGACGCAGCCCCUCCCCGGGACAUCCACUGUAUCCCAGACUAGUCCCUGAUGGCCUGCUGUUUCCCUGGGUCGUCCCUAUCCUCCUUGAGCUUGGUCGACACCAUUAAAAACCGUACAUGGCGAGUUCAGACUGCUAUGGAGCCUUAAGAAAUUGCGCAGCGAGGCGAUUGGACCAUGAGGACGAGCAGCCCCGCUGAGGACAUGAGGUCUAGAGGAUCCGCCGUGAGAAGAUUGCUACUGUGCUAAGCGCGCUAUCUGGAAUCCCAACCCACAACUGGGCUGCGAGGGGUUAAAGGCGCCACGGAAAGAAAAGUAGUCCCGGCCUCCCGGAAGGAAAAGUAGUCCCCGCCCCGCCCCAGCUGGGCGGAGGGACGCAUCACUCAGGGGUGGGGAAAACAGAUCCAUGCGCAGGGUUGCUGAGGGUGAAACUUUUCAUUGACUUUGCUCACUUCGGGCCCGGGCGCGGGAAGGUGCUGGUUGUUCGUUCUUACUGUCGUGGGAGCCGAGAAACCAGAAGGACAGAACUUGCCCGCCGGCCACGUCCCGGGCCGGCGUCCAUCCACCGCGUGACGGGUGCUAUCCUCGGGCCCGCCAUCCCCGCACCGUCGCCGGCGAGCUCGACCUCCCGAAACAGCGGCAAGAAUCACAUGAACUCGGUCUUCGUCCCUCUCAACGACAUAAAAGGACACCGUGGCCCUCAGCCUCGCGGCGCCGGGGAGGCUGGGCGAGAGACCUCCGUCCCGCGGCCUGCAGAGCUCCCCUUCGCGGAGAACCGAAACCCUCUGGAUCAUCUUCUGCUCCCACCGCUGCUCUUGGCCUGUGCACGUGUCCUGUGCUGAUUCUCUGCCCAAGAGAGGAUCAUGCAGUUGGAGAUCAAAGUGGCCCUAAACUUCAUCAUCUCCUAUUUAUACAACAAGCUGCCACGGCGCCGGGCAGACCUGUUUGGGGAGGAGCUAGAGCGGCUCUUGAAAAAGAAGUAUGAAGGCCACUGGUACCCUGAGAAGCCAUUGAAGGGUUCUGGCUUCCGCUGUGUCCACAUUGGGGAGAUGGUAGACCCUGUGGUGGAGCUGGCUGCCAAGCGGAGUGGUCUAGCAGUGGAGGAUGUGCGUGCCAACGUACCCGAAGAGCUGAGUGUUUGGAUUGACCCUUUCGAGGUAUCCUACCAGAUUGGAGAGAAGGGAACUGUGAAAGUCCUGUACCUGGAUGACAGUGAAGGUGGUGGUGCCCCAGAGCUGGACAAGGAGAUCAAAAGCAGCUUCAACCCUGACGCCCAGGUAUUUGUGCCCAUCGGCAGCCAGGACAGCUCCCUGUCCAGCCUCUCCCGCCCAUCCUUUGGCCAGUCACCCAGCCCCACCUUUAUUCCCCGAUCUGCCCAGCCUAUCACCUUCACUACUGCCUCCUUUGCUGCCACCAAAUUUGGCUCCACAAAGAUGAAGAAGGGUGGUGGGGCAUCAAAUGGUGUAAGUGUGGCUGGCAGUGGGGCAAGUGGCCAGCAGCCACCGCAGCAGCAGCCUCGCAUGGCCCGCUCGCCCACAAAUAACCUGCUGAAGCACAAGAGCCUCUCUUUGUCUCUGCAUUCACUGAACCUCAUGACAGCCAGUCCGGCCUCUCAGUCCCAGCUCUCACCCAAUGCCAAGGAGUUUGUGUACAACGGUGAUGGCUCAUCCAGCCUCUUCUUUGAUGGGGUGGAUGGCCAAGGCAACAGCACAUCAGUCCCCUUCGGGAGUAGUGGAGCUACCACUUGCAACCACAGCAGCUUUGAUGUGUCCCAGGUAUUCGGAGGUGGCACUAACAGCCUCUUCCUGGAGAAAACACCCUUCGUGGAAGGCCUCAGCUACAACCUGAACACCAUGCAGUACUCCAGCCAGCCCUUCCAGCCUGUCGUGCUGGCCAACUGACCAUCUUCCUGUCUGCCAGGCCAGGAGCACCCACGACCACAGAAAAGAGAACUGUACAAAAAGAUUCCAAUCUUCUCAUUGUCACAAUUAGGAAAAAGAUCCGCCCAGGCACAGAGUAGGAGGGGGUUCCCAAAGCACGAAGUUGUGUCUAACUCAGCCACUGGCUACUUUCCUGCCUGCCUCUAAUUUCAUUUGGUUUGAGUUUUGUAAUUUUUUUUUUGUUGUUACAUGUAGUUUUCUAUAUGACAUCUUUAAUUAGUGGUUUCCUACGCUAAGAAUGGUCCAGAUGUGAACUGCUGCUCCCCACUCCCUCCUUCAUGCUCCUUUGGGAUUGGUGUGUGCAAGCUCACAGGGAAGGAAGAGCAGCAGCUGGAACCAGACAUACCCUGGAGCAGGGAGAGGCUGGCCCCCCUGGCCAUGGCCUCUACACUAUCUUCUCAGGCCCUGCCACCAAAUAUGUCUGGCCCUAGGCUCAGCUCCCCCUCAGGCUGGGCUACAGGAGCUGCUGACUGACCACUUGACACCCUCCCCCUAAAGCUAAAUUCUGUGACUAUAGGGAGGUUAGCACUUUUUCUAGUUGGAAUCCUCUGUCCUGUGGCCCCAUCCCUCACCCCUCACCCCUUCUUGGCCUGGAUAAGAUAUAUGUAGCCCCCUCUCUCCAGUGCAGCCUUUCCCCGAGGAGGCUGGGGUAGAGUAUAGAGGUAGGAGUAAGUGUAUGUGUUUUUGUGUGUACAUUCAUGCCUGUGGGUGUGUGUGGCUUGCUGUUGUGUUCUAGAGGAUUCCAAGCCACGUGG